CGCACAUAUACAACAGGAAAAGCGAGAGAGAGAGAGAGAGAGAGAAAAGGGAAUAAAAGACCCAUUUUUUAUUUAUCUGUUUACAAGCAGCAAAAGAGGGAAUGCCAUCGAUAAACAUGAAAUUGGAGAUGUUGACGCUCAUCGCCUGUGAUGUAGACACGGAGGUGUUUACAUCCGACAAAAUGCAGGAGCGGUUUGAGGCUCUGUUCAGGAUCUAUGAUGAUCAGACGUCCUUCCAGAUGUUCAAGAGUUUCAGAAGAGUUCGGAUCAGCUUCACCACUCCAGAGGCUGCUGCACGCGCACGCAUCGAGCUCCACGAAUCAGACUUCAACGGCGUUAAACUAAAACUGUACUUGGCACAGGUGCAGAAUUCAGGGGAAGAUGUGGACAAGGCAUACCUUGCCCCGCCUCAACCUGUCAAGCAGUUCCUCAUCUCUCCACCUGCGUCUCCACCUGUGGGAUGGAGCCAGAGUGAUGAUGCCACACCUGUGAUCAACUACGACCUGCUGUGUGCUGUGGCCAAACUGGGACCAGGUGCGUGGAGCCAAAGAAAUAUGGAAACCGAGCAAGAAGGUGAGAAGUACGAGCUGCAUGCGGGUACAGAGUCCACUCCUAGCGUGGUGGUCCACGUGUGUGAGAGUGACACUGAGGAAGAGGAAGAAGCCCGGCCAAAAGCCAAGAUUGUCCAGACCAGACGUCCCGACGGUCCCCCAAAAGUCUACAACUAAAACCUUCAGCACACAGCACACGUUUUUUCUCUCUCUCUGUGUCUCUUUCUCUCAUCCAGGGAAAGGCACGCUUUAUUUCAAUAACAAAAAAAAGCUAAACUAAGACAUGGAUGGAUUGGGAGGGGUGCUCAGUGCACAGGUGACUUGUGGUGUUCUGAACUGGACUCGUGGACUGAACACACUGUCUCACCGCUGCCUCACGGGACAGACAGGGGGCGAUGAGCUUGCGAACCCCCUCUCACAAUCAUAACACUUUCAUUCCCUCAUUUAGAGUUUUUGUCCUGUACCAUUCAAGCUCAGUAAUUGUAAUUAACAGUCGUAGAAGUAGGUUACAUGUAAGCUUUGUUACUGUUUGUCUCUAUGAUUGAUCAUCAAAGAAAAAAAAAAUGCUUUAAAAAAAGGAAGCGGACACAUUCUGCUUUCUCCGUUUCUCUCUUGACGGCUGUCGCGUUUAUCUCCAUAUCGGUCAGGUUGGCACACCUACAGCGGUGCCGCGGCUCGCUGGGAUUGUGACCUGUGUGCAGAAUUAUGCCUGUUCAUACCAUGCUAGAAUGGGAUGACAAGUUGUUCGAUGGAAACGAUAUGAGCGAAGGAGUCGAAUGUUUCAGUCAUGUCGGUGAUGACGAGAGGGUGUUCUUUCACUAAGUUAGAUGUUUAUUAUUCUUACUGUGUAUUUGAUACCGCACAUUUUUGCAUGCUAACUGGUGUAUUUUAUACUCUGUUAAAACCACUUGGAACAUAUCUGACUGCUGUCUUUCAGAGGGAUGGCUUUGGAAAGUGAAGAAACAGUUGUCAGGUGUAAAGUUCGACAUUUUGUACUUGUAUAGCGCAACGUUCACUCACAGGCCAGAAAAAGCACAUGUUAUUAUGGGUCUUAGUUUCACCCCAUCUUUGUUUGGCGCAUUUAUGCUUAAGCUUUUUUAGUACCAUUUGCAUUGUUUAGCACUGACAAUGUUUGGUGUCUUUGCAUAUGUUUACUGAAUCUACACUGACAUGUGCUCAAGUUUCAAGGUGAAAAUCAAUGUGACGACUGACUUGGCCCAGACCCACUGUAUGAAUGCUUUACUGCUGUCAUAUCAAUGUUAACUGUUGAGUAUUUUGCAUUGACAGAUUAAAUCUUAAAGGUAUAGUUCACCCAAAAA